AUGCCCGUCAAUUUUAUCGAGACGGCGGGAUUGGAGUGUGCCUUGUGGCCCCAUCUGUACUGGACGGUGGCCAUGACAGAAACGUAUGUUCGCUCUCAGGACGCACGAAGGCUGAAGCGCCGCCGCCAGCAUGACGACAAUGACGAGGAGAUGGACGAGAUGGACACAGCCUUCUCGGGAUCCACCCGUCAGAGCGCCAAAGCGAGCUUUCUCGCAAAGGCGCAUUCCGCACUAAUUGGCUACAACUGCGAGCCGCGGCUCCUGCAGUUCGUGUAUGACCUAUGGCUGUUCACAACAGUCGGUGGGGCCAAGAACAGCGCGGGCACGGGCAUACGCGAGGCGCUUGCGACGAAACCCUAUUCUCCCGAGGUCUGGCGCACGUAUCACAUGGCACUCGUAGACGCACAGCGUCAGCUUGGAUGGCCCAGCCUCUUCUUGACGGUUGCACCAUACGAAUGGUCGUUUCCAUAUCAUUGCUGGCUGGAGGACGAGCUGGCCAAGAGUCUCAGUGAAAAGCUGAACAUACCUACGGCAGAGACUCUUCACAUAGCGCAUGUGCUUAGUCAGGCCGUGAAAGGUCUAAUGACCGGCGCCAACGAGGGUGCCCGGGGAAGCCGCGAGCAUAUCUUCGCAGGCAGUGAGGGCAGCGGUCGAGUGCGCUAUUGGGUCGCGCGGCUGGAAUUCCAGGAUGGGAAGAGAAAGCGCGCAGCGUUUCGGCAGGGUCAACACUAUCAUGGACGAGGCACUGUCCACGUGCACAUUCUUGUCUGGCUGGACGGCAUGAAGAAUAUGGCACUGGACUCCAAGCUUCGCGCCGACAUACCCGGGGAAGACGAGCCCGAGCUCAGGGCUCUUGUCGUGGCCUCACAGCUGGACUGGACAUCAAGCGGAUGGAGACAGCGCGAAGAGAAAACCGUCGUCCAAGACCCGGGGCAGAUGCUACUGCUGAGACACCCGAUUAGUGCCUUCGAGCGACACUGCCGGGCGUACAUCGUGGAUGUAUUGGCUGCGCUUCGCUGCCACACGGAUGUUCAAGCAUCAGACGGAAGGGGCAUGGUGCUGAAGUACUGCGCGAGUUACCUACCCAAGUUCAGCAGCUCGUUCGCACAGGAGCUCUUGAACGACCAGGCCAGCGACUUUUCAUUAGCUCGUCGUAUCUUGGCAGAGUAUCACCCUCUGCAGCCCGAAAUGGUCCUGCAGCUGGCUGCUCAGCGACAUCCGCAAUUCCUCUGCCCCAGCGUUAUUCGCAAAUUCGUGGUCCCGAUUCCCUGGGCGGCAGAGAUGCCGCUGAUAGUUCGUGGAUAUAUGUCUUGUCCAUGGCGAAGAGAAGAGAUGAACCUUCUGGAAUAUCUUCGGAAAUCUGGAUCAGAUGGGCAAAUCUCUUGCAGAUACCGGACGACACAUAAGAAUUCCCGCAUCGAAAUGCCUCUUUCGGAAUGGAUUAACGUGGUUCCCGUGGACGCGAGCAUUCUCGCAGCUACCAUUCUCUACAGUCGUUCUAAUGAUCAGUACUUCGGGCAAUGGCUUCUAUUGCACGUGCCAUUUCGAUGUCUAGAUGAUCUAUGGAAGCCAGAAGCAGCACUACUCCCAGAUAGCCUUCGAUUCUUGGGACUAUGCCUUUUACAUCGUCCUAGGUUCUGGCGCAACCCCGAUCAUGUGGCAUACGAACUGCAGCAGGAAGCCAAGCCAGAUCUGCACAUCAGCAACGUACUGUCAGAGCUGGCAGCGCGAACGGAGCUGGUCGACGACUAUUUAUCAGGCAAUCUCGUGAAGGCCACCACCCCAGACCCGCCUGUAUAUGGGACAACGCAGUUGCCUGACGGACCUGUCAAACUGACGGUGGAACAACUGCAUGUCGUCCGUUUUUUGCGUGGCCGAGUCGAGGUGGCGUUGAACGCCAAAUGGCCCGAAGACAACUCAGUAGACGCCUGGGACCGGCACAACCUCGUCUCGUGCAUCCUCGGGCCCGCCGGGAGCGGAAAAACCACCGCCGUGGACAUCGUGUUGGCGGAGGCAGCCGCACGAGGAGCACACAUAGGCGUCGCAUGUCCCACCGGCAUGCUUGCGACGGGGUACAGAGCCCGACAUCCAGGCCUAGACAUAGACACAGUUCACGGCAUGUUCGGGCUACAUCUGGAUGAACUUGCCACAGCAGAGAUGAUGCGUCCAUACGAUCUGGUCGUGAUAGACGAAGUGGGACAACUACCUACAUGGAUUUUCGAGCGGCUUAUGCGAUUAUGGGACGCCACGGAUAGGCGAACGGCACUCGUCUUCGUCGGAGACUUUUGCCAGCUGACUGGGCCAGAUGGAACCACUGCGAGACAGAGUUUCAGGUGGGCUGAGGUGCGCCUAUCGACACUCACUGAAAUGCGUCGCUGCAAAUGCGCACAGCUGCGUUGGAAGUUGCAACUUCUACGGAGUGCAAUUCCCUCCGGCCGACAAUUGCGUAAACUGCUGCGCGGACACCGCGCGGGCAUGAGAGUCCGGCCCGGUUCAGGAUGGCCGACUGCCAUGGACAUUGCAGUCAUCCUACAGGAGACCCCGGAUACGACCUUCGUAACCAUAUCUCGUCGUGCUUCGGCUUAUCUGAACAGGCUUGCGAUUCGGGCUCUAUUUGCGGAUGCCGAGCCCCUAGGCCGAAUCCCAUGCGAACCAACCGACAAUGCGGAGAACUUCGAUGGACCCCAUCAGACGAGUGCGGAGCCAUGUAUGAUGCCUCUAUACGAAGGCAUGAGGGUUCGAAUUACAAGGAAUGCAAACAAACGACAUGGUUUUGUCAACGGCAUGGGCGCAGUGGUACAAAGGCUCCGCCAGAGCGGCGUGCAGGUAAAGACUGACGAAGGCGAGAUCCUGCUCAUCCACCCUAUUACCACCGAGACCGCCCUCGCAGACGGAAGCAUUCGCAGGGCAACAGUGUUCGCUCUUCGACCCGGAUACAGUACGACCCUUCACAAGAUACAGGGGGCGACAUUGUCCCACGUGACUAUAUACAUGGAUGUUCCAUAUGUUCGUGCUGCAUUAUAUGUUGCCCUUUCGAGAGUUAGACACGACGCUGACUGGAGAUUCAUUGGAUCCAUUCGAAGACAGCAUUGCCUGCCGGCGGAGCUUGGCUAG